GAGGUCGUUGCAUAAGCAAGGAUUGAGCCGAAAGUAAAGACUCCAACGAAGUCCGUUAUGAAUUGAAAGUUUGCUGUCUCAAUCAAUUACACAAUAAUUUUCUGACAGGCCAACAUUUGCCAUGAGCGGACCGAGAAAGCCAGGAGCCGGGAUUAUCGCAGAGACAAAGUCCUAUGAAGAGCGGCUAUUCCAUUAUGCCAAUACGAUGGGAGAACCGCGUUUCAUGGCAUUCGUUUAAUUGCAAAGACUCAACAUAGUUCGUCUCCAAAAUGAAUUGGCAAGGAAAAAGGGUAACUCGUGGACAAACAUGGCGGCAUCUGACGACGUUACUCGAGAUCUCAGUUCAACCUUGCACCAGUAUGGUAUGUUUCACCCAAAGAAAAACAGAGCAAGAUGAAAUCCUCAGACAAAUAACACAUCACUUUCAAAGCCGAUGCAAUUAGAGAUUAUGCCUUUUUCUCUAGCCUUCAAAAUAUCAGCGGGUCUCAGGCACAUGAAAAGCGUCUAGAUCUCACACAUGCCUUUCCCGAGAUUGCCGCCUUGCCAGGAGACCCUUUUAACUCACUUUAUCGUCGUCUCCCAGAUCAAUCUUUGAUUCCAGUUGACCCUUUAAGGAAGUGGCUAAAAGCGCGUCUACCACGUCAACUAGCAUACUCCAAGUGCGAGCAACUGCUUCGUACAGACGAAUUUCUCAAACAUGAGCCGCCAGAACAAGUUUCUCUCUUCGUAGAUAAACUCGCAAGAUUUAUAGUCGCUUUUACUGGUGGACUAAGUCUUAUAGUCCCCAUGCUUAUUAUGAGAAUUGGGGAGAAUUUGACGAAGAGUCUAGUGACGACGAGUAUAGCUGUGGUAUUGUUUGCUGGAAUCACAAGUCUUGUUCUUCGAGCAAAUAACACGGAAACAGUCGCUGCAACUGCAACAUAUGCAGCCGUGCUUGUGGUUUUUGUUGGGACAAGUGGAUGAUAGAGCGAGUUGGAUAUUUUGACUAUUGAAAAUGAAUUUGAGACAUUGCUUUUGGUCGCGCGA